ACGUAAGUCUUGAACUGAUGAAAUAGUCGGUGCCUGUUUACUAAACAAUGAGGGGGAUUAAGGUGUUUAUAAUAUGUUUAUGUAUAAUUGUGUCGGCGGCGGAGUUGCUUGGGCCCGAGACUAAGAAAAAAAAUGACAAAGAUAAGGAGGAGAGUGAAGAAGACCAUGCUGAGUCAGAGCCCCUGGAUUUCGAACAGGAAUACCUCAAAGGGCUCAGAAAGGAAAUUACAUCGUGGCAUGAAUUUACUGAAGAUAUACGGAAGACCCAAGAUUUGCCCAAAGAGGAUGAUAUUGCUGAAGAGAAUCAGCUGAAGCAAAUGGAGUUAUCUCUGAAGAUGUUGAAGAAGAACCUCCUGCGGCACACGGAAGGAACUUGGCUCGCAGACUUGAAAGAUGAACACUCCGAAGGAGAUCCGGAUAAACUAGAUGAGAAUCCACAGGACAUGCUGGACACAUUGCCACCUCUACCUGAAGAAGAGGAACCGGAACUGACACCAGAGCUAAAAGAAGCUAAAGAACUGUACGACGCAGCCCUAGCCAAGCUGAACCGCCGCUCGCCCGACCUCCGCGCCUCCAUCCUCCAGGUGAAGGAGGCCGCCGACAUGGGCUACGCCCCCGCUAAGAUCAAGCUGGCUUGGAGCUACCUGUUCGGAGAAGGGGUGGAGCUGGAUUUGGCCAAGGCACGGGGUAUUUUUGAAGAGCUGGUUGUAGAGGGAAAUGCGGAUGCUCAUGCUGGCAUGGGCUUCCUUUACGCCACCGGUAUCGCCGUGCCAGUGUCCCAAGCGAAGGCCCUGGUGCACUACACUAUGGGCGCUCUUGGGAACAGCGACUACGCGCAGAUGGCGCUCGCGUACCGCUACUGGGCGGGCGUCACCGUGCCCAGCUCCUGUCAGAAGGCCAUGGACUUGUACAUGAAGGUCGCCGCUAAAGUGGCCAGCGGCGUGACCCUAAGCGGAGGCCCAUCCAUCCAGCGGACUCGGUUACUAGACGAGGCCGAAGGCACCGGAGGGGGCGGGGCUCUGGACUCUGACCUUAUUGAGUACUACCAGCUGUUGGCUGAGAAGGGAGAUGUACAAGCUCAGGUCGGGCUGGGCCAGCUGCACUUCCAAGGGGGCCGCGGAGUAACCCUGGACGUGAACAAGGCGCUACACUACUUCCUGCAAGCGGCUAAGACUGGAAACGCUGUGGCCAACGCUUUUCUAGGGAAGAUUUAUUUAGAAGGCGGUGACGGGAUCAAGGCGGACAACGAGACAGCGUUGCGGUACUUCCGUAAGGCCGCCGAACAGAACAAUCCGGUCGGGCAAAGCGGGCUGGGCAUUAUGUACUUGCAGGGCCGAGGAGUGCCAAAGGACACGGCGGCGGCGCUGAAAUUCUUCACAAUGGCCGCCAACCAGGGCUGGGUGGAAGGCCAGUUACAUCUCGGCUUCAUGUAUUUCAGCGGCAUCGGCGUCCGACGGGACUUCAAGCAGGCCAACAAGUACUUCUCGCUAGCCUCCCAGUCAGGACACGUGCUGGCCUUGUACCAUCUGGCGCACACUCACGCACAAGGAUUGGGUGUACUGCGCUCUUGCACUACCGCUGUUGAGCUAUUCAAGAACGUAUGCGAGCGAGGUGCGUGGGGCUCGCGCCUCAUGCUAGCCCACGCCGCCUGGCGCGCUCGAGAUUCCGACUCAUCGUUGCUACAAUACCUGUCCCUCGCCGAGCGAGGCUAUGAACUCGCCAUGAGCAACGCGGCCUUCCUACUCGAUAUCGGUGAAGUGAGCCUAUUCCCUGAAGACGAGCGAUACCGUAGAGCCCUCCAACUGUGGGGCCGCGCGGCCGCGCAGGGCUACUCGGCCGCCCGCGUCAAGCUCGGCGACUACCACUACUACGGCCAGGGCACGCACCAGGACCUGGAGGCCGCCGCACACCACUACAGGAUAGCGUCAGAGCAACUUCACAACGCCCAAGCGACGUUCAACCUAGGCUACAUGCACGAGCGAGGCCUAGGUCUCACCCAAGACCUGCACCUAGCUAAACGCUGCUACGACCUGGCAGCCGACACUUCGCCCGACGCCCGUCUGCCUACUGCGCUAGCUUUAGCCCGACUCAACGCCGAAGCGGCUAUCACGAAGUUGGCUAAUUCGGUAUGGGUGUCGCCGUUCGCGGCGGCCGUGGCGGGCGACGCGGUCUCCAACUGGGACGUGUACCUCAUCACGGCGCUGCUCGGCGCCCUCGGCCUCGUCGUGUACCUGCGCCGGCCUCCGAACUGACCCUGGCUCGUCCGCACCAUGCUACGGCGGUGGCUCCGAUGAGGAUUACUCUGACCUGUAGGCUUCGCAAUCUUCGCAUACGCUCCCUAAAGACUUGUGUUACAACCUUAGGCCCUCUUGCACCAUCCCAAUAACCCGCGGGUUAAGCGGUUAAACCGUUAACCUAGCAGUGGCGGCGCGUCCAUAAAAGCCGAUUCCCACUGGCUUGCCUGUUUUUGGACGUUUGAGCAGAGUUUGUAAAGGAAAUAUGUAAGCCAAAUUAACCCCGGCUUGCCUAUGGAUAUGUUUGACGCGCCACCACUGUAACCUAGUGUCAAAUUGUACUAGUAACCAUGGUAACUCCAGGUUUAACCGGCUAACCUCGGGUUAGUAGAAUGGUGCAAAUGGGCCUUAGAGGAUAUAACCAAACGGAGACGCCUCGUCUGUAAGUUUCGGUACAAAACAGUCUGCCGACUAUUGCCGGGAGGGGCAUACGUAACGUAAAAAUAGAAAUGUCAGAUGUCGUCAGUGGACUGGAUCGAGUGGCUCCGAUGAGAAUUAGAGUAAACUAGGCUGCAAUAUACCCUCCCUAAAGACUUGUUUUGCAACUAGGAUUGCCAGAUCGAAAGGCUCUAUUAUCAGGAAACAAUAUCAUUUUUUCGGGAUUUUGGGACUUGAAGUCGGGAAAAAAAAACAUUCUAAUUAAAGUAAUUGUAUUAAAACAACGAUAUUUUACAUUAUUGGCAUUAUUGGCGUCAGCUCGCUCGCUCGACGACAGUUCGGAACUUGAAAUUAUUGUUUUAUAACGUGAAGCUGUUUUUCGGGACGGUUUACACUUUGUCGGGAAUCGGGAACACAUCCUAAAAAUCGGGAGAAUCCCGCCAAAUCCCGACCAUCUGGCAACCCUAGUUACAACACAUGUAUAAGCUUGUACAGUCAGCAGCAGAAGUUGCUAAGCGGGAGAGGUGUUCAAAAUUACCUUGACGCUUCUUUUGAUGAUCUUGACCUAACAAUAAAAUUGGGUCAAGGUCAUUUUGAACACCUCUCCCGCUUAGCAACUUCUGCUACUGACUGUACGUAUUACGUAUCUACAGAUGUAGUGCUAAUUGGGGCAUUAUCUAUGAAAAAGGACCUUAUUGGCGAUAUUGGCACAGCGUCGCGCGGCAUUGUAUUUAUCGUUAGUAAUAGCAUCGUUAAUAAUGGCGUAAGCGCUAUCGACAAUAAGGUCCCUUUUCAUAGAUAACGUCACAAUUAUUUUCUAUCAUAAUGUUUUCACGGAGACGUACGAACGUGUCUUGCUAUUUCAGUCAGUCUCGUUACAAAAAGUACUGAGGUUGACUGAAGUAGCAUGACAAAUACGAGCGUUUCCGAGAAAUUACGAUGGAAAACAAUUUGGCUGAAUCACAGACUUAUUUAGUUAGGGGUCAUCCAUUAAUUACGUCACACGUU